AUGCAGCGUAAGAACCUGACAUUCCUCGCUCGCCUCUGUGGCCAGGCUGAGCGCUACGAUGAUAUGGUCCCCCAUCUGAAGGAAGUCGUCAAGAUGGGUGGUGAGCCCAGUGUCAGUGAGCGGAAUCUUCUCACCAUUGCGUAUAAGAACGUGGUCGGCACCCGCCGUGCCAGCUGGCGCAUUAUCUCCUCGAUCGAGCAGAAGGAGUCAAGGGGCAGGGAGAAGCAUAUUGCUACUAUUCGUGGAUACCGCAACAAGAUUGAGAAUGAGCUCGAGAAGGUCUGCCAGGACCUCUUGGAUCUGCUGGAUGGGAGCUUGCUUCCCAAUGCCGGUACUAGCGAGUCAAAGACUACAGCACCUGUCCCUAGAUCCUUCUAA